GUACUAUAGUAUUAUAAAAAUAAAGUUAAUUUAUCAGUAUCCACAAGUUGUGUUUCAACAUACACAAUUGGCGCCAGUAAGCGGGCACGAUUCCGCAUAAAGCCAUGGCGGACGGAGCAUUCAAAAUGGCGGACCAUGGAAUGCAGAUUGAAAAUGCGCGCGCAAACCAAUGUGAUAUUUUUAAAUGGGAAGCAGAGGAGAUGUUGUUAUUUUUAUUAAACUUGACUUGGACAUUAUUGUUGGCUGUUUUCGAAAUGACGUAUAAAUAUUUGAGUGUUAUUCUGUUAUCUGUGAUAUUGGCCGCUAUUUUAUACGGUAUCUAUAGAGCGUAUUUGAAUCCAGGAGUUUUUAUACGGGAAUUAACAGACAUAGGAUUCAGCCACAUCCCAUACAUAAAGGGGGUGGAUAGAGACCUCCACAUAACAAGGGCUCAAGCGAAUCGACCCCUGGGUCACAAGAUACCCCCACCAUAUCCUAAUGGAUGGUAUGCUGUAAUGGAGGGGAGGGAUUUGAAGAUUGGAGGGGUGUCGUCUGUGGACGCUUUGGGUCAAACAUUUUGCGUCUACCGUGGUGAAGAUGGUGUCGCUAGAGCUGUGGACGCAUUUUGCCCCCACUUAGGGGCAAAUAUGGGGAUCGGUGGGGCAGUUAAGGGCAAUUGUAUAGAAUGCCCCUUUCAUCACUGGAGGUUUGGAGAAGAUGGCGCCUGCUCGUACAUACCUGAUAUUAAGAAUAUACCAAAUGGAAUAUCAGUCAAAGCCUGGCAAACUAUGGAAAUGGAUGGGGCUGUCUGGGUGUGGUAUGACGCUGAGGGACGACCCCCGCUGUGGACCGUCCCAGAACUGGAGGAGACGAAAACCUGGGGGUAUAGGGGCAGGAAUGAGUUCUUGAUUAGCACUUAUAUACGGGACGUUCCUGAAAAUGCGUCCGAUGCGGCACAUCUUAACUAUAUCCACAAACUAUCAUUUAUGACUGAUAUUGGCGGGAAAAUGCCGUUUUUAAAUAAUAUAGUCGGCCAUCAUAUUUGGAGAACAGAAUGGACGAAAACAAGCGAGCCACAUGUAGCUGAGAUGAAAAUCGAUCAGAGCUACAUUAUAAUGAAUUGUAAUGUAUUCCCGUUCAAUGUUACUGUUAAACAGAUCGGUCCAGCCCACGUCCGUAUCCAUUUAAACUCAAUAUUCGGCACCACUGUAGUGUCACAAUCUGUAACACCAAUAGGCCCGAUGCUACAGAAGGUUGUGCAUCGAAUAUAUUCGCCAGCUCGUAAUGCGCUGUUCGGCGCUAUUCUUGUAUUGGCUGAGGCUUAUCAGUUCGAACGCGACGUGGUAGUCUGGAACAACAAGAAGCAUAUCGGCUCACCCCCCUACGUACGGGCGGACAAGUCGAUUCGGGCCUUUCGCGAUUGGUAUUCGCAGUUCUAUAGCGAACAUAGUGUGUCCAUGCGAGAUGCUAUGACUAAACCACUCGACUGGUAACCAUGGUAACGAGUGAAAGUCUGAAAGACAGAAGAUAUCAUGGGACUUCACUGGCAGUUUACGGUUUCACCAUACCUAAACAUGAAAAACCGGCAACAGCUUUACUUUGCUAGUGUCCUUUUUGACGUAUUAAAAUUUAAACAACCUUCUUACUUGUAUGAUAAACUUUUAUUGAGAACCUCUAAAGCUUCAAGUGACUGUGGGUCAUGCACAAAUAUUUAUUCUGUGCCUAAAUACAAAACGGCUGCCUUUAGAGGAAGUUUUAGAUUUCUUGCUACGAAAUGCUGGAACGAUAUCCCGCCUCCCAUUCGAAAUUCUCAAUCAAGGGACACUUUUAAAAAGAAGUUGAAAGCUUAUUUUCUUAUUAUCCAGAAACAGUCUACAUAAGUAUAUACCUAUUGUUACUUUAAUUAUUUUUUUUUCUUCUUAAUAAUAUCUAGUUAAUGCUAUAGCAUAUCUAUUGACCAUUUAUCCUUAAUUUAACU